CAAGUCUCACACUCAAUUUCUCUCCUUCCUCUCUGUUUUUCUGCAUCUCCCUCAAGCUCUCCCUCUCUAUUGCAGCAACGAAAUUAAGCUACAAAAGCUUUUCCCCUUCCUCGUCUCUCUUUUAAAACCAGAAACUUUGACUGACUAGAAUUGAACCAUAACGAACUCGGAUUGAGUCGAACCAAAAAGAGAAAGUGUUUGUCUUGAAGUCUUCUAUCUACCCUCAGAAUUUUACGUCAAUCGGAGUAGGUUUGACCAUCGAAAAGUAGGUCGGAGUAAGCUGCCCUCCAUUUGGACGGAAAUCCUGAAUUCAAAUAGAUAGGACUUUUUGGGUGUUGUGCGUGCAUAAGAGAAGGAGAGUGAGAGAGAUAAUUAAUGGAAGUCGAAGGAGAUUGCAGUCAAUGGCAUCACUUGAUCUUCUGUGAGGAGCUGGCCGUGGAAAAUGAUGAGGAGGAUUUUAUUGUUUGUCGGCGGUGCCAUGAACCACUAUGGGGACAUCCCGCCUACAAAUGCUUGGAAUGCAACUUCGACCAACAUAAAUCAUGCACGGAAGAUACUGAAAUCGACGAACAUGAUUUUGGGGAGAGACAUCACUUGAUCUUCAUAAAAGAGCUCGACAAAUACAAUGGCGGCAAAGAGGAAGUUGUUUGCCCAGGAUGCCAGGAACCAGGAUUCGGUCCCGUUUACAAAUGCUCCUUCCCUAAAUGCACCUUCUUCCUUCACAAAUCAUGCUCUGAACAACUAUCCCACGUGAUACAACACCCCGUCCACCCAAAGCACGCCCUUUUUCUCCAACUGCCAUCACAGACAAAUCAUUGUGAUGUUUGCCUCAAAUCUUGCCGUAACUCCUUAUUCUACCAUUGUUUCACCUGCAGUUUUGACAUCGACAUCAAAUGUGUUUCUCGUUGGCGAAUUAGUACUGAGGACUGCCACCAACACUCACUCUUUCCCAUGCGGAAGCAGAUCCAAUUCACAUGCGAAGCCUGCGCCGAGGAAAGCAAGGAUAUUGCCUACCAAUGCAGCGUCUGCCGAGUCCUGAUUCAUCGUGAGUGUGAUCGUUUUCCACAUACCAUCAAAAUUAGGACACAUGAUCACUCACUCAAUCGCAACUAUUCUCUUCAUCAAGUCAAGAAACAGGAGAACGUAUUGUGUAAACUCUGCUUUAAAAAGGUGAAUACAAAGUGCGCAGCUUACUAUUGUCAGAAAUGUGGUUACAUUGCCCACUUGAAAUGUGCAUAUGAUUCAUAUGAUUAUGGGGUCUUACACUCUAGUGUGACCACUGAGUCAGUAGCCAGUAACUCCAUUGGCUAUGAAACUCAUUUGGUUCAUUUGGUGGAAGGAAUCGAUCUAGCAAAGGAUGAAAGAGCUGGCCCUCAGGAGAUCAAUCAUUUCAGUCAUCCACAACAUAAAUUAAUCCUCAUCAAUGAAAAGCUCGUGGAUGUCAAGCGUUGUGAGGCAUGUAUACAAUUUAUAAUUUCUACCCCAUUUUAUGGUUGUGCACAAUGCAAUUUCUUUCUCCAUUACAGGUGUACUAAACUACCAGCAACCAUUAAGCGAGGGCUAUUUCAUGAACAUUGCCUCAACCUCCUCUCACAGGAUGUGCAUGCAAGUGGAUUGUUCUUGUGUAAGGCUUGUAAACGUAUCCGCCAUGGCUUCUCCUAUAGAUGUGACAAAUGUAAAUUGUGCAAGUUCGACGUUCAAUGUUGUUUAAUUCUGGAAAUCCUUGAACACGAAGGUCACCAACACUCCCUCCACCUUGUUAUAAGAUCUUCCGAAACUUGCAACGGUUGUGGUAAAAAAGAUGUGAACUUCAGGUGCACUAUUUGUGAUAAGUUCACCUUGUGUGUUAGAUGUGCAACUCUUCCGCUCGUAGCUAGAUAUGAAUAUCAUAAACAUCUACUAAAACUCUCUUAUACACGUGAAGAUGAUUCUGAUGAAGAAUAUUAUUGUCUAAUUUGUGAAGAAGAAAGAGAUCGUCCUGAUCACUGGUUCUAUUCCUGUGUAAAAUGUAAGUUCACUGCUCAUUCCCGAUGCGUUCUUGGAGAGAAUCCGUGCAUUAAUUAUGGAAGAACUUUCACUGAUAAAAAUCACGAGCAUCCUCUCACUAUUGUUCAAAAGUCGACUAAGCAUUCCCCAUCACUAUGUGAUGGAUGUGGUAAGUCUUUUGUUGACAUGGCCUUUGUAUGUACUCAAUGUAAAUUUAAUGUCCAUAAUUGGUUUUGUUUGCAAAAACAAAUCAGAAAAGAGAGAGCAAAGAAGCUUCUUCAACGAUUGUAUGCCUAAAUAAUUUUCACAUUUAUUUAUAUGAAAGAGAGGGAGAAGCUUAAAAUGAUUUAUUUCAA